AUGUCUCAAGUCUAUAGAUCAACUAGAUCUGACAAACCAGAAGAAUUAUCAUUUGAAGAUGUUGUAAUGACAGGUUUAGCCCCAGAUGGUGGACUUUAUUUACCAUCUGAAAUUCCUCAAUUACCUUCUAAUUUUCUUGAAACAUGGAAAGAUUUAUCAUUUAAUGAACUAGCAUUUAAUAUUUUAAGAUUAUAUAUAAAUGAAAGUGAAAUUCCAAAUGAAGAUUUAAAAAAUUUAAUUACAAAAUCUUAUUCAACUUUUAGAUCAGAAGAAAUUACUCCUUUACAAAAAAUUAAUGAUCAAAUUCAUUUAUUAGAAUUAUUUCAUGGACCAACUUAUGCUUUUAAAGAUGUUGCAUUACAAUUUGUUGGAAAUUUAUUUGAAUAUUUUUUAACUAGAAGAAAUUCUAAAAAAUUAAAGGGAGAAGAACGAGAUAUUAUAACAGUUGUUGGAGCAACAUCUGGUGAUACAGGAUCAGCUGCAAUUUAUGGAUUAAGAGGUAAAAAAGAUGUAUCAGUAUUUAUAUUAUACCCCACUGGAAGAAUAAGUCCAAUUCAAGAAGAACAAAUGACAACUGUUGAAGAUUCAAAUGUUCAUACAUUAUCAGUAAAUGGUACAUUUGAUGAUUGUCAAGAUAUUGUUAAAUCAAUAUUUGGUGAUAAAGAAUUUAAUGAUAAAUAUCAUGUUGGAGCAGUUAAUUCAAUUAAUUGGGCAAGAAUUUUAGCUCAACAAACUUAUUAUUUUUAUUCAUUUUUUAAAUUACAAAAAAUUAUUGGUAACAACCUGAAAAUAAGAUUUGUUGUACCAUCUGGAAAUUUUGGUGAUAUUUUAGCUGGUUAUUAUGCUUAUAAAAUGGGAUUACCAGUUGAUAAAUUAAUUAUUGCAACUAAUGAAAAUGAUAUUCUUGAUAGAUUUAUGAAAACUGGAGAAUAUGCAAAACAACAAGAAAUUGGUGUAAAAGCUACUUAUUCACCUGCAAUGGAUAUAUUAAUUUCAUCAAAUUUUGAAAGAUUAUUAUGGUAUUUAAUUAGAGAUAAUAUCACCGACAAGAAUGAUGAAAAAGCAGGUUCUAUAUUAAAUGAUUGGAUGAAACAAUUAAAAGAGAAUGGGAAAUUUACUGCUCCAAAAGAAGUUGUAGAAAAAGCUAGAACAAUAUUUGAUUCAGAUAGAGUUGAUAAUAAAGAAACAAUUGAAACAAUAAAGGAAACAUAUACUCAAAAUAAAUAUAUACUUGAUCCUCAUACUGCAGUUGGUGUAAGAACAACCACAAGAUUUUUAAAAAAAGAUCAAGAACCAAUUAAUUAUAUAUCACUUUCAACUGCUCAUCCUGCUAAAUUUUCAGAAGUUGUAAAUAAAGCUCUUGAUACAUUUGAGAAUUAUUCAUUUGAAAAAGAUGUUUUACCAGAUGAAUUAAAACAAUUGAGUACAAAGGAGAAAAGAAUUAAAUUAAUUGAUGAACCAAGUGUUUCAAAAGUUAAACAAGCUAUAAAAGAUGAACUAAAAUUUUAA